UCUGAAAUAGCGUCCAUAAAGAGUAGUCGCGAAAUCAUAAAAAGUUUUUUAAGUCAAAACGAGACUUCCAUGGAUACAUGAAUACUAAAAUAUUUCUGACUUGAAAUAUAGUGAAAGUGGAAAUGAUGGGAGCGUUUUAUGAAAGAAGCAAUCAAGAACAAAGUCACGCGGAUGAUGAAUCAAAGAGGCAGUUUCUUCGAAUAAAAGAGAGGAAACAUAUUAGAGAAAAACACAAGAAACUUAUUUGAAAGACAAAGUACAGAUAGAUCUGUUUCAGCAUGUUUCGAAAAGCGAAGUAUAGUGUAACAAACAUUCAGCAAGCGCCCACUUUGUCAACAGAGUCUAUUAUUAGUAAGUCUUCGUCUACUUAUUAUCCUAAAGAAAAAGAGGAAGUAGUACCUCCCAGCAUAAAUUACAAAUCUUUCUUGGCCUUGUUUUACGUUUUAAUAAGCAGCAUUUUCCUUAUGCUCGCAUCAGUCAUAAUGAAAAAGAUUACUUAUGUAAACUCAGCACAAAUGUCGAUUGUUAGACAUGCUGGGCUCCUGGUGUUCAGUUUGCCUGUUGCCAUUUAUUGCAAGAAGAAUAUUUUGGGACCCAAAGAAUACCGCUUAUCUUUGAUCAUACUAUCUUUUCUUACCUCCACUUCACUUUUCCUUUAUCUAAUGGCAUUCAAGUACCUCCCUCUGACUGAGGUGGCCAUCAUUAUAUCGACGACCCCGGCAGUGGUAGGAAUAUCUGCAAGGAUGUACCUGAAAGAACCCUGUGGACGUAUCCAGAUAUUUGCUACAAUAUUAACACUAUGCGGAGUGCUUCUGUCCAUUGACAUGUUUGAGCUCAUUAAGAAAAGAGAAGUUACUAAAUUCAACGUGAAUUUCCUAACUGGACUUUUAUGUGUUGUAAGUAGUGUAAUCUUCAUGUCUGUAAGUUACGUAUGGACAAGAAAAUUGAAGGACAUUCAUUUCUCAGUAAUUUUAAUUUUCUCUGGUUUUAUAGGAGUGUUAGAAAAUGCAACAAUUGCUGCUACGAUAUCAUCCUGUUCUUGGCCCCGUUGUGGGUACGAUCCUUUACUAAUUACGUUGUUUGGAAUUAUUUGUUUCUUAGGGCACCUUGCACUCUUACUGGCAGUACAGAUCGAACAUAUAAGUAUUGUAUCAGUAACGAAGGCGGCUAUGGAUAUCAUCGUUGCUAUGGUAUAUCAAAUGGUAUUUUUUAAAUCCUACCCAAAUCUUUACAACAUAGGAGAAGCACUGCUUGUCAUAAUUUGCAUAGGAAUAAUUGGCAUUAAGAAAUGGCUUGAAGAAAUUCCAGAAGACACAACAAUGAAAAAAAGACUAAAAUGGUUACUGCUUUGAAGAAUCCUAGUUUAUGUAUAUUACUAAGUUUAUAAUUUCUUCAUUUACACUACGUAUAAAAUACAAAAUUCUAAUUUCUCUGAAUGAUUUUGUGGCACCAGUUAUUAUACAGAAGUUUUCAAUUUGUUUUGAUAAUUAUUAUAAUUGAUCAUUUUGAUUACACAAAAUGCAUGUUUGUGUUAAUUUAAAGAAUAUUAUUCUUCUAGUUGUUAAAAGUUAUUUUGAACUUUGUGUAUUUAAUGUAGUAUCAAUUGAAAUAAGAUUACUGUUCAAAAUGUGCCAAACAUUUAAAGGCAAUUAAAAAUAAAAAAAAAUUA